ACUGCCGAAAGCAGUGACCACCGUCAAGCCUGCACCUUUGGAAUAUGGUCUUCCCGUCAUCUAGCACCUUUCGGGGAGUCGUCGCUCCCGGUACUGGAAGCCGAUGGGCUGUCGGAACGCUUAUCCUGGUACACCUGAUAGCGUACAAUGAAUCCGGCGGGCCAGGCACUAUGGUUGGAACGGCAAUAGCUGCCGUUUUUGCUAUUUUUUCCGGUAUAUGCAAAUCAAGCGUAAAAGUAGUACAAAUUUAUUAUAUUCGCACUACACAUCGUACGGAUUUCUUCUGUCUAUUUUUGGCCAAAUGGAUGGAUAUUCUGGCCUUGUUUUCCGCCUGUGCCGUUCUAGUGCGAACCCUCAGCUCGUCACUAGAUGCAAUGACAGGUGGACUCGCCCGAAUGUACAUUCUAGGCCGGAAUUCCCCCGCCAACGAACCCUGGCCGGAUGUGAUUGGAGUGGUGGUUAUCUUCCUCAUCAGUGCGAUGUUUAUGUUAGGGCUAGAAAAUACAAGAAUAUUCAGCGUCCUAAUGGUGUCCGGAGUGGCAGCGAUGGCAACUGUAAUCGGUGUCGUAACAGGCCUAAGGGGAAGCUUUCAGCAGUUCACUACAGAGGCAAUUCUUCCCAAGGGAGUUGUUGGGCUCCUUUCCGGUGCAGCACUGUCUAGCUUUAGCUAUUCUAACGAUCUGCUAAACGGCAAUUACUGUAAACGGCUCUUGGGGGUUGGUGUUAUCAUCCUGGUGCUACUAUCGAAUGAGCUGAUUGCUGCUUGCUUAGUAGCAGUGAUUAAAUUUAGUACGAACCACGACUACGAAGCCGUGCCCAUAUUCGCGAUUCUGGAAAAUAAGGACUUCCACAAAGCCAUCCCGGCGACGGCAUGCGUGCUGGUGUUGACCUGCUCGGGCGCGUUGCUCGAAUUGUUCCCGGAAAUGUACAACCAGAUCGUUCAUUUGACCACAUCCGAGUGGAAGAUUCUAGCCAAGCAGAUCGGUUAUGAAAACCGGGACAGCGGGAGCCCAAUACUGGCCGUUUUCACCGGAGGCAGUUUAUGUGCGAUGCUUACAUUUGCUUGUCCGUUGGAGAAUUUGAUCUACAUACUAGCCGCCAGUAAUGUGCUGGCAACUUUUUGCAGAGCUUUCUACUUGCUGUAUAUUCCAUUUCGGCCACAAUACUUGGAGCAACAAAAUGACACCUCGCUGGCCUACAGUCGCCUAAGUACAACUUCCAAACCUGCACCUUCGCAGCAGGUCAGCAGCAGCAGCAACAGCAACAAAUCCAAACAAUCGGUCUGGUUCUUCCGAAAGCCUUCGUCGGCUUCGCUUGCUCAUCACGUCCUGCCGAAAAAACACGCCAGUGGUGGUCCCUCCCACGAGGAACAGGAACGGGAAUGGCUGCUGCUCGGUGAACCACCUUCGCCGAAAGCUCCGAGCAGUCCACCGAGUGUGGAAUCUACGGUACUUUCGGAUCAAGUUUCCGAUAUCGAAUGUAUUGCCCUGGCGAAGCCGGAAAACGACGAAAGCGACGAAGACAGUUCUACCGAUAUUGACGCAAUUGUUGACGAAUACAGACAGAAAGUUAAAGUUUCGACUGCUGGUCCGUUGGACAACAAUACGCUGCGACUCCCAUCGGCCGUGAGUUGGAGAUUUACCUUGUUGUUCAUAGCCACGAUCCUAUGUGGAAGUAUACUAACAUCGAUCGGAUUGAUGGUAUGGGAAACUAAUACCAUGAUCGUUGGGAUAAAUUUGGUGUUCCUUCCGUCCGCCAUUUUGAUGCUGUUUCCUAGAUACGACCAAGUGACGUCUACAUCACCUGCAAUCUUGACCUGUACGAUAACACUAUUUAGCUCAAUCGUAAUGUUUGCCGCAUCAUUCAGCAUGUCGUGGCCUGCCUUAUUGUUAUGGUUUUUAGCAGGUCUAUUCUUGUUCAUCCGAUGCGACACCUGGUGCUGUCUAUGCUUAGAGCGUCCGUCGUCUAGCCAAAUGCUUAUUGCAAGUGUUUCCAGCACACGAACCACCAUCCGUGUACCACGGCCGCCAAAGGGAUCGAUUGUACCCUGCCGAAUUGCGAAUCACAGCUGA